AUGAAGACUCUAACUUCCCAAAAUGCUUGCUUGACUCCCAUAUUGGCCCAAUCUUUGUCCAAAAACAAAUUCUAUUUCAAAGUCACUGAGCCAGCCACUGAACCUGGCCCUUCACCAACUCCUGGCCCAUCUCAGCCACAUCAAGCCCAAAGACCUAGGGUGGUUGAGUCCAGUGACUCUGAUAUUGAGAUGGUCUCUGCCAGGGAUGUCAAUACCUCUCUGAGAGCCUCUUCUGCCUUUGGACCCUCUGCCAGUCUUCCUACCAGGCCUGGUUCUUCGUCGCAGCCUGACUCUGGCAUCACCCCAGAUCUGGUGGAUUCCCUGCUCCGUCAGUACCAGGAAAUCCAGAAGCCCCAGCCAGAGCAAGCCAAGAUCUAUCUCUCUGGGUCUAGGGAUGAGCUCAAUGGAUUUCAGCUCCACACCAGGUAUCCAGAGUUCCUGCAGCAACGCUCCCUCCCAAAGCUAAGAAAUCUCUUCUCUCUAUCCCUAGAGCAUUCUGAUCGAAUCCAUGAUUUCCUGACUGCCUGCACCACCUAUAUAUUCGCCAAAGGCCAGAAGAUCAUCCCUCUCCUUUCUCGCCAUGUUCGAUGCCUUCUCAAUAGUUUUGACAUUGAGCAUGUGACUCUGCGCCCUUUCAAACCCCUCCAGGAGGCAGCCAGUGCCCAGAAAUAUGCCCGCGUGCUUCACAGCUUUCUCGUUUUUCUGUUGGAGAGCUAUCCCUACCAGGUCACUAGGGGGCCUAGGGAUAGGGACCUGAAUCGACUCUAUGCUAUAGAUCACAUGGUCAAGGCGGGGAUUCAGGAGCUCAAGGACCUGCUACUAUCCCCCACCCUAGCGGAAGAGGAUGAGGAGGCACCAAAGGCCUCAGGCCCCUUGCAGGCAGGCAGUGCCCGUGCCUAUAUUGGUGAUGACCUUGAUGGUGAGAAUGAUGAAGAGGAUGAGAUCGAUCUGGCCCUGGACCUAGGGGGGGAUGAUGGUGAGGAAGAUCUUGAGGACUCUGGUGUUCUCGAGAAGCUCGAGCGGCAGGCCUGGCAGGCCACCAGUGGUUUUCAAUUCACUCAGGCGGCAGUGCACGAAGGGGUGGCUCUCAUUGAAAAGCUCCUCAUUGACCUGGUCACCAGGCAUGAGUCAUAUGACAUGAAGGGCCCUAUCUACGCGUUCCUGGCCUGUUUCAGUAUUCACUACCAGGAGGUGACCUUCAAGCGAAUUGACCGCAUCAGCCAGUCCUACUCUGCCGUUAUCUACGCCAUGCAGCUGGUCGCCAUCAACCACCAUUGGACCCCAUGGAUCCGGAGGAUCCUUGAAGCGAAAGAGGAUGGGCAGGACCAAGCGCUGGCUAAUGCGGCCCCAUUUCAUGCUGUCUUCGGCCCCUGGCUGCAGACCUACUUCAAGCACCAGUCUCCUUACCCCCUUGGAGAUCUUCUGUCCUUCAGAGCCUAUGCUCUCUACUACAACACGAUCUCCAGCGUGCAAGGCAACCAGGUGAUUGAACAAGCACCCCACCACCUAAGAUUCCACCAUCUUAGUGUCAGCCGUCUGCAGCUCCAGGAAUUUUUCCAGAAGUCUACCUUGGACCUGGCACACUCCCUAGUAGGCUCGCUGCUGAUCUGGGAGGAUGCCCAGCUUUUCAACCAGAUCCAGCUGGGGGAGGCAGCUCGAUUUGAGGAUUUUGCCAUGGAGGGGAAUGGAUUCAAUUUCCUAACAUUGAAUGAGGACUACCAACACCACUACCAGCCCUAUCUCGUGAAAAAAAUCCUGGAUGACCCUACGCGAGCCAAAGAAUGGUUCAAGCCAGCUGGAAAUCGGCUCCAUCUCAUUCCCCUACCAGCAGAGCGAUAUUUAUUUAUGGCCAAGAAGUUCCUGCUCCAUCUGCUUGUUCUGGUGCACAUGACCAGUGGCGCCCCUGCCCGAGGCACUGAGAUUAUUCCACUCCUGGCAUCCAAUUCCAUGAUCAACCGCCGAAACCUCUUUCUGGACCCGAAAUCGAAGCUCUUCCUCAUUCGGCUGCGGUAUAGUAAGGUGCUGGCGACCACUGGCAUGGAGCGGAAUGCUGGCGACCUCCCUACCAGCCGCCAGGUCAGUGACACGCUCCGCCAUCGGACCAGCGCCCUGAUCGGCCAGGGCAUUCAGAUCCAUUCAUGGCGCCAUCUCGCCCAAGGCUUCAUUCGAUAUGGCAUGGGGGAACGGAUGGAGGGGGACUCCAUUGAAGCGCCAGAGCUGAGUGAGCUUGAGAAUGAAGCUCUAGCAGCCGGCCAAGCACACCACAGCGUCCGCACGGCCAUGCUGGUCUAUGGCCGGCCACAGGUUCAAUUUGGCAACCUCCCCAUCAACCAGCAGGCCGCCUACAUUGACUUCAGCCAGCGGUGGCAUUCCUAUAUCGGCAUGGGGCCUGAUUUCGACUUUUUGAGCUUUCUCUAUCAAGGAAGACCGCUGCCUCAGGCCCCCCAGGCCACAGCCAAGACCCCCCAGGGCCUAUCUACCAGCUCCUUUCCUCUCAACCAGCCCUGCCUGCGCUUCUGGUGGCAGAGAUCUGCCUCUUCACCAUCCCCUAAGAUCCCUAUUGGUCAGUUCAAUGCAUUCAUGGGCUCCACAACCCCCACAUUCACUCCAAUCGACCCCAAUGUCACUGAAGGCAUUCCCGAUGGUGACCCGCGCCUGGCCGAGCUGGAACCAGGCCAGCGACUGCGACUGCUUGCACACCAGCCAUUCCCUCAAACCCCUAGGGGCCUUCAAGCACCAGACCUCCUGCUUGGGCUCUUUCAAGAAUUCAUGGGAACGCCUCAGGCUGAAUUUCGAAGCGCAGAACAGCGUGAGUGCCUCUACCAUCUGCUGAAGCCAACCCCAUUCCUUCUCAUGGCAUUACCAACUGCUGGAGGCAAGACCACCCUGUUUCUGCUUGCUGCAAGCCUUGCCUGGGCGCAUACUACUGUCCUGGUGGUUCCCCUUGUUUCAUUGAAGCUGAACCUGCAAUCUAAGCUUCAAAACCUAGGUCUGCCAUGGGUGAAUUGGGAGGAUCAGCAUGAGGAGACCCCUCCUACCCGGCUAGUGCUAGUAUCCAUUGAGUCUGCUGUCAGCCAGGUCUUCAUUAACUGGGCCAUGCAGCUCUACCACCAAAACGCCCUGGACCGCAUUAUUUUUGAUGAGGCCCAUCUCAUCCCCCUGGCCCGCAGCUAUCGGGGGGUGAUGAAUGAUGUAAACCGCCUGAGCCAGAUCCCAGUCCCCAAAGUCUUUGCCUCGGCCACCAUGACCCAGCCUGCCCUGGACCAGCUCCGCCACCAAUUCCUCCUGCCAGCCCACCUUCCCCUGGUGGUCCGUGGUGAUAUCAACCGCCCUGACAUUCACUAUCUGGUCCAAGCACACCCCCCUAGGCUCUCUGGCGCCCGCCGCUUCCAAUAUCUUUUGAACCUGAUCCGUGAUGCACGCCAGGCCGGGCAGAUCCCCCCUAGGGGUCAGGUGAUCAUCUACCUUCCCUAUAAGGGCAUGGUAGAGGAGUUCCAUCAGGCCUAUCCCCAGGAGACAGCCUAUUUCCAUGCCAGCAUGCCAGAGGAAGACAAGACAAGGCAGGUGGAGAGCUUUGACCAAGGGCAGAAGCUCGUGCUCCUUGGGACAGCUGCCAUCGGGGAAGGAUAUGACUUUGCUCAUACUGCCAUGGUCAUUCACUGGGGGACCAGGUGGGGCAUCAGCCAGUUCCUUCAAGCUACAGGGCGUGCGGCGCGGGGUGCUGGGGAGAUUGGCUGGUCAUAUGCCAUCAUCCCCCCCCUCUCUCAGCCAUUCCCAGCGCCGGCGGAUCUGGAAGAACAGUUUUUCCAUGAGUAUCUGCAGGCACAGGUCUGCCGGCGGUCCCUAAUCAAUAGGGAAUUCAAUGGUCGGGCUACCCAGGGGUGUUUGGCGCAUGAGAAGGCAUGUGACCUGUGCCAGGCCCGGCAGGGAGAGCUCCAGGCAGUUGCUACCCAGGCUAGGGCAGUCCUCAGGGAGGGUGACGGCCUUAGGCGAAAGCUGACUGCCUAUGUGGAAUUUUUCCUCAAAGGAAAUAUCUGCCUUGGGUGUGAGCUUGAUUCAUGCUAUGAUAAAUCUGCCUAUGCCCAGGAGAUUGAUUCCCACCAUUCCUACCUUCAAUGCCCAAGAGCCCAGCAUCUGAUCAUUGCAUUCAACCAGCUUCGGGAUCAGCUUCAAUUGGAAACCCAUGGUGGCUGUUUUCAUUGCCUUCUUCCCACCAGGAUCUGUCCAAACCGAUCUGGAAAUAGGGAGGAAUGCCUGUUUCCGCCAGGGCUUCUUCUUAUUUGGUUUGGCCAUCAUAUUACUACUGAUAUGGGUAAGAUUCUGUGCUCUCUCAUGAACAUAGGCACCUCUCAAUCAUCAUCAUUAGAGCUUGGGAAUCAGCUUCUCAAAGCUGAAAGGGACACAUUUGGGACUGAGGUAUUUAAGGGGGUGGUCUUAUUUUAUAAAUGGUGUCAUAGGAUGAUUAAUUUGCCUUAAGUAAAUUCUGUAUUUAAUUUGAAUUUUCUUUUUUUAGUUUUUAUUUUUCUAUCUUAGAUACUCUGCUCUAUCACUCUA